UUUAAUAUGGCGAUGUUUUUGUGUGCGACUGCGUAGCUUUAGAUGAAAUAAUUUUAAAUUUAAGAUAUAAAGCAGUAGUAAUUUAUUCCAUUACACGAAACCGUUAUCGAUCAGUGUGGCAUAUUUUUGAAGCUCCAGUAAGGGGUUUGCUUGUAGUGUGUGAACAACAAUACAUCAAACAUGGGGAAAGGUUUCAAUAAUUAUAUGUGUAAGAAAUUCUUUCAUCCUGCAUCACGGGACAAUCUGAAACGAGUAUGGAUGGCCGAGCAGAAAACAGAAGCUUACAAAAAGAAACAAGAGGAGCUACGUGUGCAGUAUGAGAAAGAGCAAGAAUUACACGAAAAUAAGGCUUUACUCAGCAAGGACAGCAAAGAUAAAUUAAGUUUAAAUUUUAUGUAUGAGCCUCCACCUGGCGUAAAAAAAGAAAGGGAACGAGAAGAUAAUGAGCCAGAGUAUAAAUUUGAAUGGCAGCGCAAAUACAAUGCACCAAGGGAGAGUUAUUGUAAGGGUGACAAUGAAAUCAGGGAUCAACCAUUUGGCAUUCUUGUCAGAAAUGUGAGAUGCAUAAAAUGUCACAAAUGGGGCCAUAUUAACACAGAUAAGGAAUGUUCAAUGUAUUCAUUGUCUAUGAGUGAGGCCCGCGCUCUGCAAGCAUCCACCUCGGCCCCGGAGGAAGAAGAAGCAAAGCCAGACGUGCCAACACUCAUGCAACAAAUGCGUGAUACAGGGCUCGUGAUGAAACCAGGUGCUCUGCCUCUGGCAGCAACCAAAAUUGAAGAUUCUGACACAUCCAAUCUCACUGAAAUGGACUUGAUCAGUCAGUUAACCAAAAAACAAAAGAAAAAGUUACUCAAGAAACUGGAAAAGCUUGAGAAAAAGAAGGACAAGAAGCACAAAAAAUCUAAACAUUGAAGUACCUAUUUAUAGCAUGUAGUGCUGACAUCUUAUUAUGCUAUUUUAACACUAUUGUACUCUAUUAUACAGGCCAGACUGCACACAUGAGUGAAAUUUUUAUUACCUCUAUGUAAUAGAAUAAUUCACUUUUGCUGAUUCCUUAAUGUUGUCUUUAACACUUGUUUGAUGCUACCUGCAUACAAUAUUUGUUAUUUUUCCAAUCUUGCUCUGACCUCUAGAAACUGUGCCCAUGUUUGCAGUCUGACUAAG